AUGGUCGACCUAGAAGGCGCAACCCAAGUGCCAGAGACCGCUGAAGAUGUAGAAAUGGGAGCUGAGGACGAUGCUGCCGAGAUCGCCGACGAGCCUACAGGUGACAGCGCUGAAGAGACAGUCGUAGCUGCCGCAAAUCCCCAGACCGCUUUCAUCGAUUACCUACGGUCUCCGGUCGUGAAACUCGUCAUCGGCGACGGAGAGGAGCAGACAACUCUCUCGGCACAUCGCGCUAUCCUUGAGCGAUCACCUUUCUUCCAGUCCAAGCUUGCGACGCUUGCGCCCAGCAAUCUCAGUCUGUCGUUUCCAGAGGAAUCUCUCGAUGCUUUUGGCUGCUUUUUGCAAUACCAGUACACGGGAGAAUACUUCCCGCGACGACUAACCAACGUACCUGACGGACUCGAGACCGAUCCGAACCUCCCAUCUAUCGAUGACACAGGUGAGCAACUACUCAAGCAUGCGCGUGUCUAUACUCUCGCCGAGAAGCUUCAAAUUCCCGAGCUGAAGACCCUGGCGCAUUCCAAGAUCCACCGCAUCAAUUCAACUGCUGUUGGCGAGAUUGCAUAUGCUAGAUACGUAUACGCCAACACUCUCUCAGACGAUGUCACCAUACGAAAGCCGGUCGCGGCUUUCUGGGCUACCCGCUCUCACGUCCUGCGCCACGAGGCCGAAGCAGAAUUCAAAGCAAUGUGCUUGGAGUACCCUCAGUUCGGUUUCGACGUGCUCAGCUUGGUGCUCGACCAGCGCGAGAAGCGUGCUCGGGAGCGGGAAGAGGACAGCACUCCCAGCGGCUCCAAAGGUCGCAAGCGCAUGCGACCAAGUGUACAGGUCUAA